UAGAUAGUCGUCGUAUUUUUACCCUUGCAAACCGUCAAACAAUAUUUGUACAACUUCAAGCAUUAAUAUAUCUCUGCUUGUCAGCUGUGUGCAUACAUUGCAGAUCUUGCGAAUUGCAUAUAUCUUGAAAAUUUCCUUAAAAGUCUGUAUCAGAGUCGGUAAAAUACGUGAACAAUUACAGGAAAACAAUAUACCUAGUGUUACACACAGUGCGCCGUACAUAUAUUCGAAGAAUUAUAAUUGAUCUACGUAACAAUUCUACGAACUAUUAUACCUACAACUAAUGAUUACGUGAAACAUUGCAAACUGUGGUUGGAAAAUUUUCAUCAAUCAUCUGCUCUUACACCGUCUGGAAAGGAAUUAUCUACAACGAGACACUGUACCGUGCAGUUGUGAAAUAUAUAAAAAAAAAAAAAAAACACUGAAGAAAUAUAAUAUUCGUGCAGAUGAAGUCAGAAUAGACUGACAAGCCGAGACGACUACUAAUUAACUCAAGUCUCAAUGUUACACUCAUCGUCCACUAUGAUGCACCCAGUAAAUUCCGUUAUGUUUAUCAUCGUCUUGCGAAUCGGAGCAAGUUUUGCCAACUCUGAAGCUAUGUCGGUGACACGCCAACCAUGGGGAACGGUUCAAGGCGAGAAAGUGGAGAUAUUUACAUUGAAAAACGGGCAUGGCUUUGAAGUUGACGUUAUUUCUUAUGGGGCAACAAUACAAUCCAUUAGAACGCCUGACAAGCAUGGAAAUAUUGAUGAUGUCGUUCUUGGCUUCGAUAACAUUGAAGGUUACCUCGGAAGUGACAACCCUUACUUUGGAGCAACUGUUGGACGAGUUGCUAAUCGGAUUGGAAAAGCCAAAUUCAAUGUUGACGGAGUGAUGUAUACUGUGGCUGAAAACGUUCCGGGAGGCAGUCUUCACGGGGGGUUGAAAGCCUGGGACAAGAAGAUUUGGAAUGCCACAAUCAGGGAUAAUGCAGUUUGGAUGACGCUGUUGAGUUGUGACGGAGAGGAGGGCUAUCCAGGUGCAGUAAUCGCCACUGUAAAAUUCAGCGUUACCAAUGAUGGAAGAUUGGUCAUCAAGAUGACUGCAGUUUCCACGAAAGCCACUCCCAUCAAUUUAACUAAUCAUAGUUACUUCAACUUGUUUGGACAUAGUGGCAAUGCCACAGAACUGUACAAACAUGAGAUAACGAUAAAUGCCGAUCGCUGGACAGUGACGGAUGAAGGAAGCAUACCAACUGGUGAAAUUAGAUCCGUUGCUAACAGUAUAAUGGAUCUUAGAGUUUCUAAACAGCUUGGAGAUGUUCUUCCUAAAGUACCCAGCGGAGGAUAUGAUUACAACUUCUGUGUACCGAAUGAUGAUGGGCCUAAGGGAGAUAGAUUCGUUGCUAGAGUAUUACAUCCAAAUACUGGAAGAUAUUUGGAGGUGUACUCUGACCAGCCAGGUGUUCAGCUGUAUACAAGCAACGGGUUCCCAGAUGAAAAGACUAAAGGCAUUGUCGGCAAAAACGGCCAGCAGUAUUUUAAGCACGGAGCAUUUUGCCUAGAGACACAGAAUUACCCAGAUGCUGUGAACCAUGAAAAUUUCCCAAAUAGCAUCCUGCGACCCGGACAAACCUAUAAGCACAGCGUCACAUACAAAUUUGGAUUUCAAGAGCAGUAAAAUCGAGAACCAAGUAUAACGUGAUAUGCAAUGAUUAUUACAAUACGAUUAAAAUAAGAAGAGAUUUAUAUAGAAUUUCCAUCAGCAUUCAAUAGAUUUAUGGACUUUGAAGCCAGCAUUUGUGUAUUUUGGUUCUAUUCUGUGAUUAAGGUACUACUUUCGUGUCAAGGGUAGCGCAUUAUCACAGAACUGUGACCCUCUUGGCUUUAGACUCCAGCUGAAUUAACUGAAAUAAAGUAUAUUGCACAGCAAAUGAA